GGCAUCGGGUGUCGCGCGGCGUCCCACACUCGGGACGCGCCGCCGCCAGAAGACCGGUCGUACGGACGAGAGCGUGGCGGACAACGAGUCGUCGGGGUCGAACAAGUCACCUUUGCCAGCUGUCGAGACUCCAGUCCGCAGAAGCCGUCGUAGUGGCAGCAGUCGAUGGGUCAUGCAGUCCCUGGCGGAGGAGAUCCAGAGUUUUUCGCGGGCGCGCCUGAGGCGUCGGUGCACUCGCGUGACAUCGCUGAGCGGUCGCCGCGUCGUCGAGACCUGGAAAGGUCCCGCGGUGACGGCGGCGGAGGAGGAGGAGGAGCCCGCCUCUCCGGAGACGACGCCGGGCUACGUCCCCGACACGUCCUGGGACCUCCAGGUGGGCGUUCUCAAACCCCACCUGCUGCUGGGUUCUCAGGACGCGGCGCACGACUUUGCCACUCUGAGGAAGCACCAGGUGUCUCACAUCCUCAACGUGGCGUCCGGGGUGGAAAACGCCUUUCCCGAUCUUUUCGUCUACAAGACGCAGAGCAUCCCCGAGCGCCCGGACGCGCUUCUGCUUCCGCACCUGGACGAAUGCUGUCGCUUCAUCCAGCAGGCUAGACGCGAGAAAGGCGUGGUGUUGGUCCACAGCAACGCGGGCGUGUCCCGAGGCCCGGCGGUGGUCGUGGGCUACCUGAUGCGGCACGAGCGCCACUCCUUGGAGGCGGCCCUGGCGUGCGUGCGCGCCGCCCGGCCCGCCGCCCGCCCCGAUCCGGCCCUCCUGCUCCAGCUCCGCCAGCUCGGCGACUCGGACGCCGCCCGAAGCCCGGAGUGAUGAGACGCACUUUGCGCUCUGACGCCUUCACGGACAUUUAGGAAAGAGUACCCUCUGGUGGCAAAAGUUGUAACCGCACCGGCAAAAGCUCCCGAGUCCUACCACGUACUGCUCAUUAUUAGAGGUGGGACUCGAUGAACAAAACAAAACAAAAAUCAUCCGAUUCAUUUGCAACAUUGUUAUGAAUUGAUCUUGAUUCAUCGAACGAUACUAUCCCCCCCAAAAUGAAUAUAUAUAUCUACAGGGGUUGGGCAAAAUAAUGGAAACCUUUAAAAACGAAUUGGGUCCGCCUUUUGUGGCAAUUACAUCCUCAAUUCUCCAAGGUAUUGAUUUAUACAACUUGUGAACUGUUUCCAAUGAAGCCAUUCUUUACUCUUUUGGCGGUGGAAAUGGACGUCUUUAUUGAAUCUCUAAAACUGACCAUAAAUGCUCAAUAAUGUUGAGGUGUGCCAGCCCAUGAGAUGUUCAACUUCAUUAAAAUGUUCCUUAUGCCAUUUUUUAACAAUUAUAUUCAACAAUUAUGAAGCCAAAAUGUUAGGUGUUUCCAUUAUUUUGUCCAACCCCUGUGUGUGUGUGUGUGUGUGUGUAUAUAUACAGUGCCUUGCAAAAGUA